AUGUUUUUGAGAAAAGUAGUAUCCAUAAACCAAAAUUUCCAACAGACCAUAUGGCACUAUCAUGGAGGGUGUCAAGUUGGGAGGGUUGUUGAUAAAGGAUAUAGAGUUCUUGGUAUUGAUUCUCUGAGGGUUAUUGAUGGUUCAACGUUUUAUCACACCCCGGGUGCUAAUCCUCAAGAUACUGUCACGAUGCUUGGAAGGCAAGUACAUGGGGCAAAGGAUUCUGCAUGA